ACAACCGUCACGCCUCCUAAACGUCACAUCUUGGAGUAAUUCCUGGUGUGGAGGAUAUUUUCAGCUACGCCGUUUUGUUGUAUUGUAUUAUGUUAUAUUAUGCGCAAAAACGACCAGUAAGAUUUCUACGAGACAUAUAGAUAAACAUAACGCAGUAGGACAUUAGAGCUGCUUUGGUUCAGUGUCCUAACCAGUAUAAAACAGGUCCUAACACUAAAAAGACAUGUUCCCAUGUGACUUUGCGUGGGGAGCGGGAACUGCUGCGUAUCAAAUAGAAGGUGGCUGGCAGGCAGACGGCAAGGGACCAAGUAUCUGGGACACAUUUUGUCACGAGAACGGCAGAGUGUUUGGGGAGCAGAAUGGAGAUGUGGCCUGUAACAGCUACGAGCUGUGGGAGAAGGACCUGGAGUGUAUCCAGCAGCUUGGACUGACGCACUAUCGCCUGUCUCUCUCCUGGGCCCGCCUCCUGCCUAAUGGGACCACACGACAUGUCAAUCAAAAAGGUGUACAGUACUACAACAAGGUGAUUGAUGAUUUGCUGGCUUGCAGUGUAUCACCUAUGGUCACGCUUUACCACUUUGACCUGCCUCAAGCUCUCCAAGAUCAGGGUGGCUGGAAAUCACCGGGUAUAGCAACCUUGUUUGACAGCUAUGCCAGGUUUUGUUUCCAAACAUUUGGUGACCGUGUCAAACUUUGGAUCACUAUCAACGAGCCCUAUGUGUGUGCCAAGCUGGGCCAUGAAGACGGCAUCCAUGCCCCAGGGUUAAAAGAACUGGGGAUUGCUGCCUACCUGGUGGGCCAUAACAUGCUGCGUGCCCACUCCAUGGCCUGGCACAGCUACAACUCCUUCUACAGGACAAAGCAGAAGGGCGCAGUGUCUCUGGCCAUCAACAGCGACUGGCUUGAGCCAUUAUGCGCAGGUUGCGCCGAGGACAUUGCUGCAACUGAACGCUACCUUGCAUUUACACUAGGGUGGUUUGCCUGGCCUGUGUUUGUAACUGGAGAUUAUCCAGAAAUAAUGAGAUCUGCCAUUGACGCUCAAAGUAAGAAGUUGGGAUACAAUGGAAGCUCAAGACUGCCCAGUUUCUCAAAGGAUGAGCCUGCCAUUUUGGGCACGGCGGACUUCUUUGCGUUGAACUACUACACGUCUCGUAAAGUCAAGCCAGGAGGAGGUUGUGGAAAGAUGUUGUGUAUGAAAGGCGACCGAGAUGCAGGAGAAGUUUUGGAUCCGUCCUGGCCUAUUUGUGGUGUGUCUUGGCUCGCUGUAGUGCCCCUUGGGUUAAGGAAACUUCUCAAGUACAUCAAGGACGCCUUCAACAAUCCAGCAGUCUACAUUACAGAGAAUGGCUUCUCUCAGGUGGGGCCACUGCAAAUUGACGAUGUCCAGCGCUCAGAGUUUUACAAGGACACCAUCUUGGAAGUGGCUAAAGCUAUACAAGAAGAUGGGGUCAACAUCCGUGGAUAUUUUGCAUGGUCGCUGCUGGACAAUUUUGAAUGGGCUGAUGGAUUCAGUGUUCGUUUUGGAUUGUUCCAUGUGGACUUUGCCGACGCAAAGCUAAGCCGAACCAUGUACCGGUCUGGAUGGGAGUAUGCGAAGAUUAUCUGGAAAUACAGAUGAGAAGACGGAAAUUUUCAAUACAUUCUUAAUAAACUAGCAUUUUUUUCAUAGUUUUUUUGUCUAACUCAAACAUUCAUACAAAUUAGAUGAAUCAGUCCAAUUCAACUAACCAACCAGGCAUCUGAUUCCUUCCAUUGUAGAUCCAAAAUGAAAAGCACCACCAUCGUCUCUGAAUAUCUUUUCGGUUUAGAAAAUGGUCAGGGAAAAGUCCAACAAGUACGCUUUACUUUGUUGCCUUUAUAGAAAUUCUGACUUCAGCAGGGGAAGCGAGGACAUGGGCGAAGAGUGUUAAGUUGAUUCAAUGGAAUGAAAUUAGUAUUCUAUCCUGCCCGGUUCCCAGUCAAUCUGUACAACAAGGUUUAUGGAGAGGAGAGAGCUGCUGCAGCCACCUCACAGGGCUGCAGAAGGAUGUGUAUGAAUACACUGUAUUUGUCAGCGAUUAAUAGCAAUAUUAAUGGUGGUAUCAUCUUGAAUAACAGCAUUGUUAUGUGCCUGAGUACAUGCAUGCACCUUACAUGUAUGUAUGUAAGGUGACGCUGUUUGGCAGUCUAUCUACAUCUCUAAGAUCUUAUCUUCUCCUUAAAUAUACCCGUGAGAGUCAGAUGAGUGUGUCUUUGAUAUGCAGCUGCCAUGAUGAAAAUACAGUAUAGUACCUUGCAUUGUACACUGGACGUUUCAGGUUGAAGUUUGUAGAUGUAGUGACGCAGGGACUGAUCCAGGGGAGGAGUCAAUGCCCAAACAUGGUCUGAAGUGAUUACACUUUGGGACAUGAAGGUUUACUCCUUGUUUACUUUGUAAGUGCCAAGACAAAGAAGCAUAAGAUGAAAAAGGCUUGUCAAUAUAUGCCAAAUAGCACAAAGCACCUUAUUCGGAAUAAAGGUUCUUUGAUGGGCUUAAGUAAAUACUGUACUUUCUGUUAUUUGAAAAUGGGGAAAUAAAUCACACAUUAUACAGUCCAUUUGGUCAACCUUUUUAUAUUCGACGUAAAACUCCUGUACCACCUCACAUAUCACAUUGGAAAGAACCCAUCAAAAAAAAAAAUAGUCAACUCAGUUAUUAUAAUGCCGUCGGGCUGCAUUAAGCACACUCCAGUAGACUCAGAAGGGAUGCCAGCUGAAAGCAACAGAUGUCCUGCCACGGGAAGAGAGUGUAAUGCCAUUUGUGUUCCACGGGCAGCUGUGCAAACUCUCUACUUAAAGAAAGAAAAGAGCGAACAAGGUGAAAAGCCUUCUGUUGAUUCUUUGUGCGUGCCUUGGUUAAGGUAUGAUUAUUUAUAUGGAGUGCUGAACAAUGCACUGUAGAUCAACAAGGCAGAGAGAGCAUAUUGAAUAUUAGGCUUUGACACUAGUGUGUACAGGUCUGGCGUAUUGUAGAUCAUUUGUAAUGUUUUAGGUUCAAGUGUAAGGAAAUGCCAAUUAAAAUCAACUUGAUCUUUGCAGUAAUCAGAGAACCAGAGACUUGGAUGAGCAGUUUGAUGGCUCCUGUUUGUAAGCCUACAGUGUCACCCUGUGGCAUUAAAGGGAGCUACAGCUUUGAAUUCAACAGCCCAGUGUGUAUUGUACUGCACUUCACAAUGUGGUGUCACAUGAUGUGCUGCUUUGAUUAAUAAAAUGCAUCCUGUUGGUUUAACAAUAAACAGCUAAAGCAGCUCCCUAACCACAAUACAUCAUAGAUUUAACUCAAUUAAUAUUUAUGCUCUGAUGUGAAGGAAAAUGUCAUUUAUAUUCUGUGUUGGGAGACUUUGUUUGCAUUAAUAAGCAUGGUGUAUCGUGA